GAAUUCGGUCUUCCGGCUUCCACUUCCCUAGAAAUCUGCUAAAUAUACGCACCACACCCGUCGACCUGUAAUGGCAAUAACUGCAAUUCCAAAAUUAACUAAAUUCAAAUAAGGAAUCUUUAAGAUUUAUUCUACACUUACACCUCACCCGUCGACUGAAAGUACACGAAUCUGCGAAAGAAGUGCAAUACAAGGAAGAAUAUGAGUACUCUCCAAGAGGAGCACCUUAUGAUGACCGGAAAUGUGUCAGUCGUGCCAACCAUCGAAGUGUAUUUGUGCAGAACAUGAAGAAAAUUUGAAAAUUAAUCGUUCACGUGUGACCGGUGAUAUGCGGAUUGAAAGAGUCCAGGUGACUAAGAAUGCACAAUAUAUUCAUGUUAGGCUUUGUGACAAAUCCAAACGAAGGAGAAGUACAAGGCUGUUGAACACAAAAGUGAAUUUGGCAUUGAGUGAAAGUGCACCAGUAGACAAAGAUGUUACUUCAAAUGUGGAUGAGGAGAAUACAGAUACUGAUGAUGACUUCGAAUCGCCUCCGCGAAAAAUUGUGCAGAAAGAGGGUGGAAAUAUGAGUAAGGGUGGAGAGGAAGUGAGCAAAAGAAAGAAAGGGAAGUUAAGGAUAAUGAAGGAGGGAUUCAAGACAUUGACUACUAGAUCUUCUCCUUGCGUACUAGUAAGAGCCGUUCAAGAAAUGAAUGAAAAGCAAAAGGAGGUUGUAGAAAAGAUAGGUUUUGGAAGCAUCCUGCACUUACAAAUAACAGAGCUGCCUUCCAAACUUGCAUAUUGGGUUGUGAAUGCAUUCAACCCAAAGAACUGUAAGCUUACAAUUGCAGAUAACACCAGCGUGCACAUAAAAGAAGAGGAUGUUGAAUGUGUCUUGGGUUUUCCAAGGGGGAAAGAAUUGAUUCUGAAGAAAAAUAGAAACGGGAAAAGUGAGAUUUUGGAUGAGUGGAGAGCAAUGUUUCAGAAAAAAGAACAUCAAAUAACUCCUUCAGAGGUUUGUGUAGCCAUGCUGAGGUGUAGUGAAGGUGGACGCCCAAUAUGUGUAGCCAUGCUGAGGUGUAGCCAUGCUAAGAACAUCAUAUUACUUUAGCCACACUAAUGUAAUAUGUGUUAUUCAUAUAUAAAUGUGCAUGAGUAUAGUCAUAAUGUGCAUUGUAGCUGAUAUACCUGUUAGUGCCAUAUGUGGCAUCAAAUGACACAACAUCACCAAAAUAAGAAUAAUUCUUCCUACAUGUUGGUUCUGCCCAGAAA